AUUUUGGGUAAAUCGACAUACAAUUCGUCAUAAAUGACUAGCCAAUCGCAUAACAGCAAUGCUCCUGAGGAUAAAAUUGGCUUCGAUGAAAAUAAGACCUCUGCUCUGUUGAUGAUCAUUCAGGCUCAGUAUGGCCAAGAUAAGGAUUCUGGUACUUAUUGUACAUGUAAGUCUCAUACUGUCCGCAGGAGGAAAGGUCAUCUUCAAAAUGGCAGGUAUUGUAAGUACAGAUGAAAGUGGUCUAACAUUUGAAGAAGCUGUAAGGAAAGCUAACCAAGACUUACCGGCUGAUAUAGAAUUUCAGGCGCUUUACAUCAAAAUGGAUGCUAAUCCAAUUCGAUCUGCUUUGAACUUGUGUAGUGCUGUUAUAUCUAAGGGCGUUCACACAGUUAUUGUUAGCAAGCCAGAGAAUUCGGACAACAAUCCUCCUAUCUCUGUGUCCUAUACCUGUGGCUUCUACUCUAUCCCAGUCAUUGGUAUAUCAGCAAGAGACAGUUCAUUCUCAGACAUGACUGUUCACAAGACCUUCCUGCGUACAGUACCACCCUACUUCCAUCAGGCUGAUGUUUGGUUGAAGAUGCUUCAAUACUUUGACUGGAAUCAGGUGGUAUUCAUUCACAGUAUGGACAUAGAGGGUCGCAUGAUUCUCAAUCGAUUCCAGUCCAAGGCAGAUGAAAUUUCUAUUGAGAAAGUAAUUAAGUAUCCAUCUGGUGAUCAAGAUUAUAAAUCCUACCUACGUCAGUUAAGCAGCUUACAGUCUCGAGUUGUUCUGCUGUCAGCAAUGCAGGAGGAUGCUGACCAGAUUUUCCAGGAUGCUAAAGCACUUAACUUAACAGGAGAAGGAUAUGCAUGGAUUGUCAGUGAACAGGCCCUGAGUUCUCCCUACGUACCAGAGGGUACCCUGGGACUGAAGUUAUUCCUUGGGAACAAUGAGAAGGAGCACCUGGAGGACUGUGUCAGUCUGAUAGUACAGACCAUCAAGGAGCUGGUUAAUGGAACUCUGUCAGAGAUAACAGACACCCCUAACAGCUGUAACACCACCUCCUCCACCUGGCGGGCCGGCAAUACCAUCCUAAAGGCUCUGUUGGAUGCCAAGUUGGAAAAAGGCAAGACUGGACAGAUAGCCUUUGACUCCUCAGGGGAUCGCCUGAAUCCUGUCUACUAUUUCCAGAAUGUUCAGCUGAAGAAUGGAAAGCCUAGCAUUGAAAAUAUUGGCUUUUAUGGAAAUCCAAAGGUCAUCAGUAAUGCUCUAGAAAUAAAUGAGUCCAAAAUAGUUUGGCCAGGCAAGAAGAAAACCAGGCCAAGUGGAAUUAACAUCUCUACAGAAUUAAAGAUUGUGACUUUGGAAUCUGUGCCGUUUGUAUACACCAGAAAGAUGACAGAGAGUGACUCAUGUAACUGGGAUAGGAAUGAGAGGUUAUGUCCCCUGGUAAAUGAAACAACAGGUAUUAAAGAAGACUACUGCUGCUGGGGCUACUGUAUAGACAUGCUGAUACAGAUAGCAGAUAUGGUCAACUUUACCUACUCUAUACAUUUGGGCUCCAGUGGAGAGUUCGGAUCCUACAAAAAGGUGAAUAAGACUGGGGAGAAGAAGUGGAAUGGCAUCAUUGCUGAACUCAUUGAUAAGGAAGCAGACAUGAUUGUAGCUCCACUGACCAUAAACCCUGAGAGGGCUGGACGCAUUGACUUCUCUAAGCCAUUCAAGUACCAGGGCCUGACCAUUCUUGUCAGAAAGACAGCUACCGAGUCUAAACUGGACUCCUUCCUACAACCGUUUGAGGACACGCUGUGGAUUCUGGUGGCGCUGUCUGUACACGUGGUGGCCCUGGUCCUCUACCUCCUGGACAGGUUCAGUCCCUUUGGUCGCUUCAAGCUGGCUAAGAAUAAUGACACGGAGGAGGAUGCCCUUAAUUUAUCAAGUGCCAUGUGGUUUGCCUGGGGAGUCCUCCUCAACAGCGGAAUAGGAGAAGGUACCCCGAGAAGUUUCAGUGCCCGGGUUCUUGGUAUGGUAUGGGCAGGCUUUGCUAUGAUCAUUGUGGCAUCAUACACUGCUAACCUAGCUGCCUUCCUUGUCUUAGACAGACCUGAAGCUUCCAUUACUGGGAUUGAUGAUGCCAGGCUGAGGAACCCAAAUGAAGAUUUUAAGUAUGCCACAGUGAGAAAUAGUGCAGUGGAAAUGUACUUCAAACGACAAGUGGAACUUUCCACCAUGUACCGUCAGAUGGAACCACGGAAUUACAAGACGGCUGAUGAGGCAAUCAGAGACAUUGUUAACAUGAAACUACAGGCCUUUAUCUGGGACUCGUCUCGCCUGGAAUAUGAAGCAGGACAGAACUGUGACCUCAUCACGGUGGGGGACUUGUUUGGGCGGUCAGGACUGGGUGUGGGGCUGCAGAAAAAGAGUCCAUGGACCUCCAAAAUCUCAAUGGCUAUUCUCAAGCUACACGAGAAGGGAAAUAUGGAGGAUCUUGACAAUAAAUGGAUUCUAGAGGGAAGGAACGAUUGUCCUGAGAAAGACACGACCCCCGCCACGCUGGGGCUGACUAACAUGGCCAGUGUGUUUUUGAUGGUAGCGGGGGGCAUCAUUGCUGGCAUUAUUUUAAUUGUGAUUGAGAUAGCAUACAAGAGACACAGAGGACUGAAGGACAAAGAGUUGGAGCUGGCCAGAAAUGCUGCGGACCGCUGGAGGGGGAACAUUGAGAAAAGAAAAUUGUUAAGAGAAACAUGGCAUUAUAUGAAGGCACUAAAAGAUGAUAUAGCUGUGGCAGAGAUUACAGAGGAAACCAAGAAGAGUACCUGAUUUGUCCUGUUCACUAUAGGGUUGAGGAGUAUAAGGACAAGUAAAAGAGGUCACAGUCUGAAUAGCCAUUUUAAAGCACAAAGAAAAUCCUGAAUUUGUGAGAGAAAUGUGAUAUACCUGCAUGGCUGCCAAAUUAAUUCUGUUGUUGAUAUGUAAGAUUAAUAUUUUUGGUUCAGUUUUGUUAUUUUUGCAAAACCCUGCUCUAGUGUUAAAUAUUUCAUCUCUAGAAACACUGCUGUUAAUUCUGUAGUGACAGCUCUGAGGACUGGAUGAGAACAGAAUGGGAGCCUGUGGUUAGAAAUGCCUAAUUAAUGAGGACCAAUCAUUAAGAAAUCAAGUUAACGUUAAUCUAUGUCUCAAAAUCUUAUCUCAUUUGUUGAAUAUAACAGUUAAUAGUUAGAGGUCAAGAACUCCAAUGAACCAGAGUAUGUAAAGUUAAACACUCCUAGUAAUAAUGAGGGUCUGUAGUAAGGUUAUCCAGUCAUCCCUCAUCAUAAGUACUUUAUCUGUAGUUAAGUAUUCCAAUCAAGCAGUAUUUGUAGUUUAGUAACUAAGACAACCAGAAUCUGUAUGCAGUUCAGUAUAUUAGUCAACCAAAAUUUCAGUUACAUGACUGUAUGCAAUAAUUUGUAGUGUAGUACUCCAGUUCAACUGUAUCUGAGAGUACUCCUGUAUACAAUAAUUUGUAGUGUAGUACUCCAGUUCAACUGUAUCUGAGAGUACUCCUGUAUACAAUAAUUUGUAGUGUAGUACUCCAGUUCAACUGUAUCUGUAGAGUACUCCUGUAUACAAUAAUUUGUAGUUUAGUACUCCAGUUUAACUGAAUCUGUAGAGUACUCUUGUAUGCAAUAAUUUGUAGUGUAGUACUCCAGUUUAACUGUAUCUGUAGAGUUCUCCUGUAUACAAUAAUUUGUAGUGUAGUACUCCAGUUCAACUGUAUCUGUAGAGUACUCCUGUAUACAAUAAUUUGUAGUGUAGUACUCCAGUUUAACUGUAUCUGUAGAGUACUCCUGUAUACAAUAAUUUGUAGUGUAGUACUCCAGUUUAACUGAAUCUGUAGAGUACUCCUGUAUACAAUAAUUUGUAGUGUAGUACUACAGUUUAACUGUAUAUGCAUGUAGUUUAGUACUCUGGUUUACAAGAAUUUGUUGUUAAGUACUCCAAUUUAUAGGAAUCUGUUGUUUAGUACUCCGAUUUAUAGGAAUCUGUUGUUAAGUACUCCAUUUUAUAGGAAUCUGUUGUUAAGUACUCCAAUUUAUAGGAAUCUGUUGUUAAGUACUCCAUCUUAUAGGAAUCUGUUGUUAAGUACUCCAAUUUAUAGGAAUCUGUUCUUAAGUACUCCAGUUUAUAGGAAUCUGUUGUUAAGUACUCUAUUUUACAAGAAUAUGUAGUUAAUUAUUCAAAUUUACAAGAAUCUUUAGUUAGUAUUCCAAUUUACAAGAAUAUGUUGUAAAGUAAUCUAGUUUACAAGAAUCUGUAAUUGAUUACUCCAAUUUACAAGAAUCUGUAAUGAAGUACUCUAGUUUACAAGAAUCUGUAGUUAGUCUAGUUGAUCAGAAUUGUGAACUUCAGUUCUUUGGUAAAUGAAAGAUAAUAUAUUAUUAUGAAAACCCCCUGUUGUUGUUGUUUUCCUUUGAUGAUAUUUAUUACAGAAAUGUGUGUGAAUAAAGUUGAGUUUCAAUAUGUA